AUGUCUUCCAGACCCGAAUUGAAGGUCGAUGACGAGCAUGGCUUCAUCCGCUUCUUCAAGUCCCUUCCAGCCGUCCACGAAGAUACAGUCCGCAUAUUCGAUCGAGGUGAUUGGUACACUGCACAUGGCGAAGAUGCAAACUUUAUUGCCCGCACAGUUUACAAGACAACGUCCGUUGUAAGGACACUAGGUCGAGAUGAUAAGACCGGACUCGCCUCUGUGACCAUGACUGUUACGGUGUUUCGACAAUUCCUCCGAGAAGCCCUCUUCAAGCUCGGCAAGAGACUAGAGAUAUGGGAGAGCACUGGCGGCCGCAUGAAUUGGAAGGUCGUAAAGCAGGCGUCGCCAGGUAACCUGCAGGACGUCGAGGAGGACCUCGGGGGUCAAAUCGAGGCUGCACCAAUGAUUCUUGCUGUCAAAAUCUCCACCAAGGCCUCGGAAGCUAGGAGUGUGGGCGUCUGCUUUGCAGACGCUAGCGUACGGGAACUGGGCGUCAGCGAGUUCCUCGACAAUGAUCUCUUCUCCAACUUUGAAGCUCUGCUCAUUCAGCUUGGGGUCAGGGAGUGUCUUGUUCAGACUGACAAGGCUGAGAAGGCUAAAGACCCUGAUCUGGCAAAGUUGAAGCAGAUCAUCGUCAACUGUGGCGUUGCCAUUUCAGAGCGCUCUGGUACCGAGUUCGGCACUAAGGAUAUCGAACAGGACUUGGCGCGACUGCUGAAGGAUGAGCGAGCUUCGAGCCUCCUUCCUCAGACCGAUCUCAAGCUGGCAAUGGGUUCCGCUGCGGCGCUUAUCAAGUACCUCGGCGUGCUUCAUGACCCCUCCAACUUUGGGCAGUAUCAGUUGUACCAACAUGACCUUUCUCAAUUUAUGAAGCUGGAUGCUGCCGCUCUGAAGGCUCUCAACCUGAUGCCCGGCGCUCGGGAUGGCGCCAAGAGCAUGAGUCUUUUUGGUCUUCUCAAUCACUGCAAGACCCCAGUGGGCAGCAGGUUGCUUUCACAGUGGCUGAAGCAGCCGCUAAUGAACAGAGCGGAUAUCGUGAAGCGUCAGCAGCUGGUCGAAGCAUUUAUCAACGACACUGAACUGAGGCAGACGAUGCAGGAGGAACAUCUUCGCUCUGUACCGGAUCUCUAUCGCCUUGCCAAGCGCUUCCAGAGAGGCAAGGCCAACCUCGAAGACGUUGUCCGCGCGUACCAGGUCGUUAUUCGCCUGCCUGGUUUCCUGGGAACCUUCGAGGGUGUCAUGGAUGAGCAGUACAAGGAUCCUCUUGAUGAAGCCUACACAGCCCCGCUCCGUGAGCUCUCCAACAGUCUCGUAAAGCUUGCAGAAAUGGUUGAGACAACUGUUGACCUUGACGCGCUGGAUAACCACGAGUACAUCAUCAAGCCUGAAUUCGACGACAGCCUGCGGAUCAUCAGGAAAAAACUCGACAAGCUCAAGAGAGAUAUCGACCAGGAAUUCGCUGACUCGGCUCGGGACCUUAAGCAGGAAGUUGGCAAGAAAAUCUUCCUCGAAAACCACAAAGUCCACGGCUACUGCAUGAGACUUACCAGACAGGAAGCUGGUGCUAUCCGGAAUAAGUCGGGCUACCAAGAAUGCUCCACACAGAAGAACGGAGUUUACUUCACGACCAAAACCCUUCAGAGUCUCCGCCGCGAGUUCGACCAGCUCUCGCAGAACUACAACCGCACCCAAAGCAGCCUAGUUAACGAAGUUGUCGGUGUCGCGGCAUCUUACUCCCCAGUCUUGGAGAAGCUCGCCGGUGUUCUGGCACACCUUGACGUCAUUGUCUCCUUUGCUCACUGCUCCGUCCAUGCGCCCUCAGAAUACGUCCGUCCCACGAUCCACGCGCGUGGCGAGGGCCAGACUAUCCUCAAGGAGGCUCGACACCCAUGCUUGGAAAUGCAGGAUGACGUUCAGUUCAUCACCAACGACGUCUCCCUUACGAGGGAUAAGUCGUCCUUCCUCAUCAUCACCGGUCCCAACAUGGGCGGAAAAUCGACCUACAUUCGCCAGAUCGGUGUCAUCGCUCUGAUGGCUCAGAUCGGCUGCUUCGUCCCAUGUACCGAGGCUGAGUUGACCAUCUUCGACUCGAUUCUUGCGCGUGUUGGCGCCAGCGAUUCGCAACUCAAGGGUGUCUCUACAUUUAUGGCUGAGAUGCUUGAGACGGCCAAUAUUCUCAAGUCGGCUACAGCGGAAUCUCUCAUCAUCAUCGACGAGCUAGGUCGUGGUACUUCGACCUAUGACGGAUUUGGACUGGCGUGGGCCAUAUCCGAACAUAUAGUUAAGGAGAUUGGAUGUUUCGCCAUGUUUGCAACACAUUUCCACGAGUUAACUGCGCUGGCGGAUGAGCAUCCCCAGGUACACAACCUCCAUGUGACGGCGCACAUUAGCGGUGGCGAGAAUAACAAGCGCGAGGUGACGCUGCUGUACAAGGUUGAGGACGGAGUUUGCGACCAGAGUUUCGGCAUUCAUGUUGCUGAGCUCGUCAGGUUUCCCGACAAGGUUGUGCGGAUGGCGAAGCGCAAGGCCGAUGAGCUUGAGGACUUUACGUCCAAGCACGAAGACUUGGGGCUGAAGUACAGCAAGACGGACAUGGAGGAGGGCAGUACAAUGCUGAAGGAGAUCCUCCUCAAGUGGAAGGAGGAGGUUGCUGCCGGAUCGAUGAGCAAGGAGGAGAUGGUGUCGAAGUUGAAGGGUUUGGUUAUGGCGGAUGAGAAGCUGCUUGCGAACCCUUUCUUCCAAUCUGUCAAGACUUUGUAA